AUGUUGCUUGUUUUUGCAUUUGCACUUCUCCUGGGAGAAGCCUUAACUGAAGAUGUUACCGUGAACAUGAAGGUAACGAAGCAUUACUCCGGGCACUUUGAGGGCCACUUCGUCUACACACCAAAGCAUGGCAUCAAGGGCUGGGAACUGAAGAUUCACUUCUCUGUGCCUGUCCACAAUAUACGGCAAUGGGAUGGGGAUUGGAUCCAGAAGGAUCCGCACGGAGAACACUUUGUCAUGGUAAAUGAGAAGUCGAAUGGUAUUCUCCCUGCCGGUCAACCCCUGGAUAUCAGAAUAUUGGGAGAGUUUUCCGGAAGUGAAGUACCCAAGGGCACCGGCGUCUUCGUUGACCUCUCCCACGACAGCCAGACGUUGCCACCCCUGCCACACCACACGGGACAAGCCACAAAGUACAACUACGACGAGGUCCUGAUGAAGUCAAUAUUAUUCUACGAUGCACAAAGAUCUGGUAAACUUCCGGCAAAUAACCCGAUUCCAUGGCGAGGUGACUCCGCCCUCCACGACGGAAAAGAUGUAGGCCACGACCUGACAGGUGGCUGGUAUGACGCCGGUGAUCACGUUAAGUUUGGAUUACCAAUGGCGGCUUCCACAACGUUAUUAGCAUGGGGAUUGCUUCAGUGGAAGGACGCCUAUGAGGCUAGCGGACAGCUUAACCGCAUGUACGACUGCAUCAAAUGGCCACUGGAUUACUUCCUAAAGGCUCACACCGGCACAAAUGAGCUGUAUAUCCAGGUUGGAGAUGGCAGCGCUGAUCACAGCUUUUGGGGCCGCCCAGAAAACAUGACCAUGGCAAGACCCUCCUAUAAGAUCACCACCUCCAAGCCAGGAAGUGACGUAGCCGGAGAAACCGCCGCUGCUUUGGCUGCUGGAUAUCUGGUAUUCAAAACCAAGGAUCAUGCAUACGCCAACAAGCUGCUUUCCCAUGCCAAACAACUGUACGACUUCUCCAAGAACCACAAAGGCAUCUACUCCAAAUCUGUACCGGCUGCUGCCAAAUACUACAAAUCCGCUUCGUACGAGGACGAGGCUGUGUGGGCAGGAUGCUGGCUGUAUUACGCCACUAAUGACGCUAAAUAUCUGGCGGAUGCAGAAAAGCAUCAUCCUGCCAUAGCUGGAGGAGCCUGGGGGCAGUCGUGGGACGAGAAAAAUGCCGGAGCAAAUCUACUCCUUUACAAGUUCACAAAGAAGGAUACAUACAAACAAGACAUCGUUCAGACGUACAAGAGCUGGAUGCCUGGCGGCUCCAUUCAUUACACGCCCAAAGGCUUGGCCUGGAGACUUGAGUGGGGGACCCUGAGAUAUGCUCAAAACAUGGCUAUGAUUGCCCUGAUGGCAGCUGACUACGGCAUUAACCCCACAUCUUACCGGAAGUGGGCCAUGGGUCAGGUUAACUACGCUUUGGGAGACGGCGGGAGGAGUUACGUUGUGGGUUUCGGUAAAAACCCUCCAACAAAACCUCACCACAGAGCAGCCUCCUGCCCGGACAUGCCUGCCACGUGCGGAUGGGAUCACCAGCGGACAAACCAACCCGACCCUCACGUCUUGUAUGGCGCUCUCGUUGGAGGCCCAGGGAAAAACGACGAUUAUGUGGAUGAAAGGACGGACUAUAAGAAGAAUGAGGUAGCCUGCGAUUACAAUGCCGGAUUCCAGUCCGCUGUGGCGGGUCUCAAGCAUCUAGCCGUACACAAUAACUUGCCUCAUUAAUGUCAUCUUUUUCACGAGAAGAACAUGUAGUCGCAGGAUUUCCGUUUUCAAGAAGGAAUAAAACGCAGUUACUUAUCUGGAAC